AGGAGAUAUUGCAUUACAGCCCCGCACUCAAAUCUGAGCGAUGAGACGUGGGAAUUACAAGAACCCUUGUUUGACUAUGCAUCAGCCAUGGGCUUCGCUUCUAGUCCAUGGUAUUAAGCGCAUCGAAGGCAGAUCCUGGGCUGCGCCGAUUCGAGGUCGUCUAUGGAUUCACGCUGCUAGUAAAGUCCCAGAUGAAGCUACAAUCAAAGCAAUGGAAGAGUUUUACCAAGAAAUUUACGCUGUUGAUGGGAUCACAGAUAUUCAAUUUCCCCAACAUUACCCAGUUUCAAGACUAAUAGGAUGUGUUGAGGUUGUUGGCUGUGUCAGCUGCGAUGAACUUCAGAACUGGGAAGCUAUACCUAAAGGGGUGAGGCUUGAAGGACAAACAAAUUUUUGUUGGCUAUGUGAGCAGCCACAGAAACUGAUUAUUCCAUUUGAGAUGCGUGGGUACCAAGGCGUUUAUAACUUAGAAAAUAAGAUAUACGCAGGAGCUGCUAGAGGUCUUACGCCUUGUCAAAACCAGUUUGUGGUGAAAUUCCCUCUUCCAGACCCAAAAGACCCGUUUUCUUUAAAACCCGGUUCUAUUUCAUAUUCAACACAAGAGAAGAAACCAGUUGAGAUAGACCAACUAACCAGUCUCACAGCUGCAAUCACUGGCGCAAGAGCUGCAGCUAAACAAUUCUCGAACAAGGGACAAAGUCCCCAAACCAGUAAUAUCAUCACAAGAAGCAAGAACAAAGGUAUUGAAGAGGAUGCAGAAUCCUUAGAUACCACAAAGAUGGAAGAAGAAGAAGGAUGUAGUGGAAGCAGUUGCAAAGUGGAAGAUGAUACAAAAUUAGCAGUGAGGUACAAUGUAGAAUCUAAUAAAACAAGUUUAGGCACAAAGAGAGAGGACAUGAAUACAAGUAUUGGUGAAAGAAGGUUUGAUCCGGGACCUGCUCGGAUUAUGGCCGCUGCAAUUAGGAACCUGAAGCCAUCGUCUUGACUCUUGUUUUUUUUUUGUUUUUGUUUUUACAAUCACUAGGGAACAGACUUGCGUGAAACAUUUUUUUUUUUUUAGUUGAAUACAAAAAGAAAUAGUUUCUAAUUAAAAUGUACAUUUUUCUGAAAUGAAAAUAUGCCUUAAUAGUCUCCAAACUUCAAUUAAGUAAUGCAUUCUUGGAACAAAAAG